AUGAAAUCUGCCAAACCUAGCUUCAAAGUAGCCCUCACUAAUGACAAGAAGAAAGUAUGCAAACCUAAUAGACGGUUUCCAGCGAAAAACAGACCAAGUAAAAAAAAGGUAUGCUUUGAACAAAACUUUGGAGUGAAUCUUUACAUGACAUACACAAGGCCUGAAGUUAUUCCAAGAACUCCUCAAAUAAUUCUGAAUUUGGGUUCGUUAACACACAGCUCGAACAUACAAAUCAACAAAGCUAAAUCUAAGAUUCAAUCCUCUGGACUUGAUACUCCCAUAGAAAAAGAACUUGCCAAUGACACAAUAUUUAAAUAUGACAAAGAGAAGUCUCCGAAGAAAAGGCUAAACCCAUUCAUAGGCUUCCGCAGUUAUUAUGCCAGUUAUGUCAAGGGUAAGAUUAAGCAGCAAGACCUGUCAGUUCUUUUAUCAAAUUACUGGACAUCGAAUGGUCAGAUCCAUAAAACAUGGGAGUUCUUUACUCAACACUAUAACAAGAAUAAGACUGACAUGUGUUUUGUCGACUGGCUUGAAAAAAAUUACAAUUGCGAACACACGGAAAAGCCUGCUCACAAGCAGAGAGAUGAGGAGCCAUAUAUCGAAGACAUCUUUUCUAACACUGAAGAAUUGCUGAAAAGAUAUACGUCAAAAGAAUUAAUCGAUAUGACCAGACUACAAACUGAACACCAAGAUUUCUUCAAUAACUUCUUCCCUUUCGAAGACCAGCAUAAUUCAAAUGGUUACAUCAGUAGCUUAAUAGAGAGUGAUGACCUUGUGUACAUAUGA